AUGCGCUACACCCAGAUUAUUGGAAGUGCUGUUUUAUUUCUUGGGUGCACACUUGCUCAAGAAGGUGAGGCACAAUCUACUGUUGUAUAUGAUGCAGAAACGAAAAUCAGUUACUCUUCAUACACGGAGCCGGCGACAGGAAUGACCUUUGGCGUUGCGCUCCCCAAGAAUGUGACGGACCCAUACAAUGCCAUCAUCAGGAUUACUGCUCCAGUUACCAAUCAGUGGGUGGGCUUCUCAUGGGGAGGAAACAUGGUCUGGAACCCGCUGAGCGUUGCUUGGCCAAACGGUCAGUCCGGAGUGGUAUCAUCUCGUUUCGCCUUUGGUAUCGGUCUGCCCCUUGGGUACGACGGAGCCGAACACACGUACCUCAAAGGGACCCGGACAAAUACUACCCACUGGACUGUCAAUGCUCUCUGCAAGGGAUGCACUGGAUGGCAAAACAGCGAAGAUGCUCGCUACUCUUUGAACGAUACCGGCACAACGGAAUUCGCUUGGGCGUACGGUACUUCUGCGGUCGAAGAUGCGGCUCGGAACAAUUCGGCCUUUAACGUCCAUCAAGCCUGGGGCAAAUGGAUCCACAAUCUCGAUGCUGCGCGGAUCAAUAAUUUCGAUUCUUUGGUUCGGGCUAAUCUGUUGACGGGGCCCAUAGCUAGUCCUUCCGCUGACUUGACGACAGUUGUGACAAGCAUUGUGCCAUCUGCAACUGCGAAGCCAGUAGCAACUGCUACCAUUCCCGCUUCCUGCUCUGGCGCCGGAAAUCCUGCAUUCCAAGGCAACCUGGCAGCAGGAUGGAAGGCUACCAAGAUUGCUGGUGGAAUGACUAGCCCUCGAAGCAUUCAGUUUGACAAUGCUGGUAACAUGCUCGUUGUACAGUCUGGCAAGGGCAUAUCCUAUCACAAGAUGGGAGCGGAUGGCUGUGUCACUUCGACAAAGAUGCUGAUAUCGCAAAGUAACCUCAAUCACGGCAUAGCCUUGAGUCACGAUGGUAAGACACUGUAUGCAAGCUCCAUGACCCAGGUCUAUGCUUGGCCAUACGAUGCCGCAGCCGGUACCCUCGGAACCCGGACCACUGUCGUCACAGGCAUGUACAAUGGUGGCUCACAUCUUACACGUACUCUUGCCAUUGCACCCCAGAAUUCGAGCCUAUUGGUUGUAUCUCAUGGCUCCAAUUCCAACAUUGAUCAACCUACAUCAGACCCAAAGACAGGACGCGCCAUAAUCAAAGUCUUUAAUCUAGCAAAUGUCCCCAGUGGAGGAUACAACUACGUCAGUGGUGGUUACAAUGCCGGUUACGGACAGCGCAACGAAGUCGGCAUCUGCUUCGACAGUAACAACAUGCUCUGGGGCGUAGAAAACAGCGGCGACGACUUCAAACGCAACGGCAAAGACAUCCACAACGACAACCCCGGCGAAAAAAUCCACUACAUGGGCGACGUCUCGCUCCCCAACAACGCGUGGUACGGCUACCCGUCCUGCUUCACCGUCUGGAAACCCAGCGACUUCACCGACAAAGCCUUCAAAGUCGGCGACUGGUUCACGCAAUCCCCCAGCAGCACCCUCAACGACGAUACCUGCGUGCAAAAAGCCACACCCCCAAAGCUCACACUACAACCACACUCCGCGCCCAUCGACUGCAAGUUCGAUGCCAACAGUACGACAAUGUACGUUACGUACCAUGGGAGCUGGAAUCGCCAGCCCGUCACGGGGUUCAAGCUUGUGGCUGUCAAGUUUAAGCGCAGUGCGGAUGGCGGGAUUACGCCUGUGGAACCGCUGACUAGUACGACGGCGGCACAAGAUGUGUUUUUUAACCCCGCGGUGGAAAAGUGUCAGGGGAAUGGGCCGGGGUAUAGCUCUGGGUGCUUUCGCCCGGCUGGGUUGGCGUGGGAUGGGGUGGGUAGGUUGUAUAUGACGUCUGAUACGUCGAGUAAUGGGGAGAUUUGGAUUUUGGGGCAAUCGUAG